AUGACUGAUCAAUUUGAUGACAUUAUAGAAAGAAUCCUUGCUAGAAUUAUCAUUAGUGAUCGGGGAACACACUUUUGUAACAAACAAUUAGAGAAAGUGUUAAAGCGUUAUGGAGUUCAUCAUCGCCUUGUGACACCUUACCAUCCACAAACAAGUGGGCAAGUGGAGGUUACAAAUAGAGAGCUCAAGAGAAUCUUGACCAAAACAGUGGAUCAAGGUAAACGAGAUUGGUCUGAAAGGUUGGACGACAUGCUUUGGGCUCAUAGAACAGCAUACAAAACACCAAUAGGGACCACUCCUUAUAAUUUGGUGUAUGGAAAAUCUUGCCAUUUACCGGUGGAGUUAGAGCACAAAGCAUAUUGGGCAAUUAAAUUGAUGAAUUUCGACUUGUACAAAUCUGGAGAGCAACGAAUAUUACAUCUUAAUGAGCUUGAUGAAUGGAGGAUGAAGGCAUAUAAGAAUGCAAGGAUAUAUAAGGAAAGAAUUCAGAAGUGGCAUGAUAAGCAUAUCAAAAUCCCAAAAGACUUCAAAGUCGGCGAUCAGGUGCUACUAUUCAAUUCCCGUCUAUGUUUAUUCCCGGGGAAACUUAAAUCAAGAUGGUCUGGUGCGUAUACCGUAACAGAAGUUUCACCUCAUGGAGCCAUUAAGAUUAAUCAUUCAGAGAAGGGCACAUUCAAGUUAUAUAGAUUGCAAGCAGGUGAUUUGCCAAGUGGACUAAUGAUCAGAUUGGUGAUAAUAUGCUUUGUGUUACAAAUUCUUCAAUUGGCUGAGAAUUGUUGGGAGAUAGAAUUGUUGAAUUUCAUGGGUGCUCUCAAUUCAUUAUGUGAUGGAUUCUAUCAUGUUGAAAACAUCUUGAGCUAUGGUGUUGCUUCAGGGAUGAGUUUAGAUGAAAAGAGGGUCUUUCAUACUGCUGUAAAGUGCAAUGACGAUCAGUUAGUUUGA